AUGUUGCUUCCACUAGAGAUACUAGAUAUUAUUGUAGAUAAGAAUAAUGAUAAUUUAAACACUUUAAUCAGUUGGGCAAAAAUUAGUCCUCGUUAUAAAAGGAAAAUCCAAGAAAAUAUAGGUGUUAUUACUAUACUUGAUGGUCUGACCUAUCCACAACGUUACCCAUUAGAUUAUAAUGUUCUUUUUAAUGACAAUAAUAAUGUUACAAUAAGCACGGAAGGAUUUGAUAGCACUGCAUUAAAAACAUUUACCACAAAUCAAAGUCAUAUUUUAAUAUCCAUUCACUCAAAUAAUAUGUACAGUCAAUUAUUAAGGUUUACACUCGCCAAAAUAUCACAUUAUUGUCAAAUUAAUACAGUUAUUUCCAUAAUUUAUUUUAAUUCUCAUAACUAUAUGUCAAGGUUAUAUUUUCAAGAGUUUGAGCGGUUUUUAACUGCUUUACAUUUUUCUGAAUUGUAUGUUUAUGGAAAUUGGGAUAUUUGUAAUGAUGAAGGAUUAUUCGAUUUGGUUAAUUUUUUUCGAAAUUCUUACUUAAACGGCAUACAGGUCAUUAAUUCACUCACUAUUCUUGAUAGUGCUGUCUCGAUAACUUCAUCGUCCUUACAAAACAUUCAAACUUUAGGUAUAAGAACAUUAGAGACCGAUAUCUGUAACAUUCUUAAGUUGUGUCCAAGGAUAAAAUCCAUUGGUUCAUUGAAAUUUCCUGUUGGUGACACAGAACAUGGCAAGUAUAUACUUCCUAAAACAGAAAAAAUCUCUUUAACAGAUUGUUAUCCGCAAUUACAAAAAGUCUUAGUAGAUGGUAAUCUAGUACAAGAUAAAUUAGAUCUAUCGGUUGGAGUUUCUAUAACAGAUCCGAUCUUUUCAGAUCUUUACUUCCCAAAUAUUAGAGUUUUGCAACUUCAUUUGGGGAAUUUCCCAUAUCAAACUGUUCAAUUUAAAAAUUGUAAUUUCUCAAAAUUAACUUCUUUAAAUUGUGACACAGGAAUUGUUCCAUGGGAAGAUCUCCUUCAGACCGGUGCAAAUAUUACAAAAUUGUCGAUGAAAUUAUACUCGACGGAUCAGAUAAGUUGGUUGAAUAGUUGCCCCUAUGAUAUUAAGAAUAUCGAAAUCUUAUCCACCAAAACUAACAAUAUACCUAAUAUUUCAUUUAAUGACCUUAAUUUAUUUUUAAAUGAUUAUACCAAUAUUUCUCUAACAUUACAGACACUAUUACAUUGUAAUAUAUUUCAGAAUGUCAUUCUACCAAGUCAAUCAGAAAUUGAAAAAUUAAACCUUAAACUUGAUGAUAUCAACAUUGUUGAAGAAAUGAAAAACAAUUUAAAUUAUUCACAAUAUUAUCAUCUAAAUUACUCAUUUCCCAACUAUUUGCAAUUUGAGAUACCAUAUAUAAAGGAAUUGUUGAUAUGUGCAACUGAGAAUCAAAAUUUAAGUCAAUUGCCAAGAAUACUAAAUGAUACCUAUACUUUGGAGGAACCUACGUACCCUGAAAAUUUUCAUUAUUACAAUAAUAUGCUAGGUAUACAACCUUUAAAAGACAUUAUGAACUUUUCUGCUGAUCAAUCCAGCAGGCGAUAUAGUAACGAUUCUAUGGACUCCAUAACUAUGUACCGAAGUGUUAAUCGUAGAAAUUCUUCACAAGCAUCAGGUAGUUUAUUAGCAUAUUCAAAAACCUCGCCUACUGUUGAAUUCGAACAGAAUGUGUUUAAAUUUGUGUUUGUCGAAAACUUACCAAAUGUCUUUUCAAUGGAUUUAUAUACAUUAGAAAGUGUUGAUUUCUCCUUUGAAAACAUUCUGCAUGGAAUUUUACCAUUAUUAAGGAUAAUAAUUCCUGUGAAUAGUGCUUAUGAAACUCAAGAGCAAUUAACGACACUAAUAAUGAGAGGAAUAUCAGAGAUAUUUAAUUUUCCAUUGGCGGUAAAGUUUCCCAAUAUUAUUAUUCAAAAACUGCAAUUAGUGGUUGUUACUAAUAGUCCGAAACUAAUCAAUGAUGAAUCGUUGCAUGACUAUCUUGAUAUAUUACAACAUAAUAUAGCUUUAAAGUAUAAUGAUGUUAUUGUGGUUGCCCCUGAUGAAGUACCAAGAUAUUGUUACACUGUUUGCAUAAAUUAUUAA